AUGGCUUCCGUGUCGUCGGCUAGCAAGGAGUCCACCUCGGACACACAAGGCGACCUGCCACACUUGCCGGCGUGUCGGUCGUGCCACGACAGAAAGGUCAAGUGCGACAACCAGAGACCGAAAUGUGCGCCAUGCGCCGCCCAGGGUGCGGCCUGUGUUAUGAUCAACCCAGAUGGUGGGCCUGGAUUUUCCCGGCAGUAUGUCACUGUCUCUCCUCUCUGUCUCUCUCUAUCUGGCGAUAUAUCGUGCAAUACCCUAGCCACCAACUUACCAGCGCUUCUCCCUUAUUGCAGAUACAUCUAUGAGUUGGAGCAAAGAGCUCGCGGCCUGCCAGUCGCAUCCUGGCCCACCGAAGCCCCGGAGUCCACCUCUGCAUCUGUCUCGCCAUUGACUACCUCCACCACGCACGAGACACGGGGUAGGACGGCCGACAGUCUCUCAACCGUCCUGCCAGGGGGCGGUCUCAGCUUUAUGAGCCUCCUCUUCACCGACCCAGAAUGGAGAAAGACCAAUGCCAAUCUUCUCCAGACACUGGCUGCGGCUGCCAGGCCGGCUGAGAUUCAUGUCGAAUACAAUCCACUUCCGCCCCCAGCUGAGGCGAGGCAGUUGUUUGAUUCAUACCUCGCGGGAGCCCAUAUCCAGCAUCCGUUCCUGCUGCGGCAAGAUGUGCAAACCUUGUAUGCGCAGGUAUUUCUGGGAGACAGCCAGCCGAAGCCGUUGUCAGAUCAAGUUCUGUUCCGGACUUUCAUGAUUCUCGCCGUCGCAUCUGUCGUUCCGCACCGUAAGGGGCUUCACGCGAGACACCCUUUCGGCUACUACCUGUCUGCUAUGCGGCACUUUGACAAGAAUUUCCUGGCCCGGGGAAUUUCUGCGAUUCAGGAUCUGCUCUUACUGCACCGGAGGGUCUUCUGGACCAGCUACCUGAUGGAUAGGUAUAGUUCUUACACCCUGAACCGCCCCUUUGCCAUUGCGGACCGGGAUAUUCAAGUAAACCUACCGGCCCACGCCGAAGACGAGUAUAUCGCGGCCGCCUCCGAGCUUGCAUUCAAUCUAGAUUCGUUCACAGCUACCCACGUCCCUGUGCUGCCAAACGAGAUGUCUGUCGCUCUUUGCUGCAUCAGCCUGCGCCAAAUCUCGUCACGCAUCCACAGCCAGACGUCACAACUCUCCAAGCUGUACGCUUCACCAUCCUCCCAGCCCGAUCUGCCACUCAUCUCUGGCCGGGUUUACAAGAUGGUCGACGACUUCACCCGGGAGUUGAAAGCGUGGCGCGCGGCGACGCCAAAGUUCGACUCGCCCCGCUGUCUUUACGAGAGCGAGGCAUGGUACGAUCUCCUGGUAGCAAGAGAGAGACUACUUCUCGUCCGGAAGGCCGUCGACCUAGUACCGAAACGCGACGGGCUCCCAUCCCCGUGGGUUCUCAGGCUGUGUCUACACUCGGCGACCCGGUCGAUAUCACUCUAUUCCUCUCUCUUCCGGGAAUCCAGGAUCACAUAUACCAGGAGCUACUUCCAGACCAUGUUCACAGCCGGCCUCUCUAUACUUUUUUGUCUGACCGUCUCUACGGAGAUGAAGCGAGCCGAUAUCGAAGAGGCGUGCAACGCACUGCUCGACUGCGAAGAGACGCUCAAGCAGAUGGCGCUGCAAUUGCCCGAUGCCAGUCCGUAUGCGACUGUCUUCAAAACAUUGCAUCGCAACAUAUUGCAGAAACUAGAUCAAGUCAGGUCCUGCCAGCCCUCAAUCCCAGCCUCGCCAACCCAUGGAGGGUUUGCUCAACCCCAAUCCGUCCUCGGAUCCACAAAUGCAGUUUCAAGCGGUCUUGGCCACGAGACGAUGCAGCCUACACAUACCGCGCAUGGCGACAUGCCGGGGCGAGACAUAUAUGAUCUUCACUCACUGUAUCAGCCACACGUUGACAGUGGUAUGAUGGCCGCAAACGAGGUGCUAAACGGCACUGACGCUUCAGGGUGGGCCUCACUGGCGUACGACACAAUCUGGAACAUGGGAAACUAUUCGUUUGUCGACCCUGGUGAUGCUCAGAAUCUAUGGAAUGGUAUGGAUUUCAACUUUUAG